CGCGGUCGCCUUCAUUACCAGGUCAAGGUCACGCCAAUCGCUCAGCAACAUGGCGCACAUCCGGUCGAUUUUAGCGCAACUUUUCGCGCUGUGGCGCAUCGCUCUUUGCGCCAGCACGCACGACGAGGAGCCGCACAGCCAGUACCAGAACUACGAAGCGCUCAGUCUUCGCCUUCAGCGUCUCGCAGAAAAACACCCGCACAUCUGCAGCCUCGUGAGCGCAGGCAGGUCUGCUGAAGCACGAGAGCUUUGGGUGAUGAGGAUCGCGGCUUCCACGCGUAACAUCUCCGACCUUCCACGAUUCAGAUACGUGGGUAACAUCCACGGGGACGACAUGCUCUCCAGACAGCUCCUGAUCUACCUCAUUGAUUAUCUCCUGACUCACUAUGGAGCUGACCCCAGAGUCACUGAUCUUAUAGACAACACUGAUAUUUACAUCAUCCCCAGUGUGAACCCUGAUGGCUUGGAGAAGGCUGUAGAAGGAGAUUGUUAUGGCCAUGAUCACUUUGAUCCAAGUGCAGUGGAAAGUGCACCUGAGAUGUCAGCAGUUACGAAUUGGUGUUUACAGAAAAAGUUUGUUCUUUCUGGAAUUCUGCUUGGAGGUUCGUUAGAGGCCAACUACCAUUUUGAUUCCUCCAUUUCCCAUUCAGAUGAUGAUGAUGAUGAUGAUGAUCUCUUCUGCUAUCUGGCUCAGACCUUCACUGAAAACCAAUUACGGAAGUCCCAGUGUCCUGCUGAUCUGAACAAGAAGUUCCGAAAUGGGACGACUACCACGUGGACCGAAGGAUGCAUACAUGAAAUCAGUCGCUUCAGUGGAGACUGCAUUGAGGUCACCUUGCAGCUGAGUUGCUGCAAAUAUCCACUGGCUUCAGAUCUCUAUUCUGAAUGGAACAAUAACAGGGAAGCUCUGCUAGCAUACAUGGAAAAGGUUCAUAUUGGACUCCGUGGCUAUGUCAAGACCAGCUCUGGAAUGGGCAUCCUAGGCUCAAACAUCUCAGUCACCGGAAUGGAUCACGUCACUACAACAGGGAUGUUUGGCGAUUAUUACCGCUUGCUGCUGCCGGGAACGUAUACCAUCACAGCCAGCUCUUAUGGGUACCUUCCAAGCACCGUGAACAACGUCACAGUAACCGAAGGCAGAGCUACUCCACUCAACUUUACUCUGAUGGAUUUGAGUGAAGCGGUGCUAAUGCCCAAGCUUUUCACCACAGCAGCAUAUCAAUCAACUGAACAAGUUCUUGACACCCAACAAGCUUCUACAUCUGACAGUUUAGUCCAGAAACAGGACUUUAGUCAUUUUAGUUACUCAGAUAUGGAGGUAUUCUUAAAGCAGAUGAGCUCUGUUUAUCCGUCUCUUGCCCAGUUGUACUCUAUUGGCCAAUCGGUGCUGGGAAGGGAACUUUACGUCAUGAAGAUAUCUUUUAACCUGGAAUCCGAUGAAGGUAAACCCGAAAUUGUGUUCUUGCAUAGCAGUGGUUCUGUAGGCCAAGGGAUUCUCUUGAAUCUGGUGGAGUGUCUGUGCAGCAAUUAUGGCAGCGAACCUUCAAUCACUCAACUGUUAAACAGUACCAGAGUGCACAUCCUGCCUAACAGGAACCCAGACGGUGAGGAAAUUCCAGAAAAAGCUUUUCACGUUAAUUCAGAAUUCGGUAGCGGCGUGAAAUCCGGCGACGGUCAAAACGCCGACUCGAGCGGGAACUUCCCUGACCAGAUCCACUCAGCUGAUUAUGUGCAGCCAGAAACCAAGGCAGUUAUGAAGUGGAUUGCGGCGCACUCGUUUGUUCUGUCUGCCAGCAUACUUGGUGGGGGGAUUGGAGUGAUGUAUCCGGGGUCGGCUGAUUCCAUUGAUGAGGCUGUGUUUAAAUCCAUCUCACAGGCCUAUUCGGAAUUUUCAUCUCUCCAGCUGCCACAGACCUGUGAGGACCCUGGGCAUUUGGACAGAAAUAAAAUUAAUCCUGGUGCCCCUACAGAGAUUGGUUUGGAGGACUGGAUGUACCGUAACACAGACACACUGGGAGUCGGUGUGGGAGUUAGCUGUGAUCUACGUCCACCAGUUGAGAACAUUACAGCUUACUGGAGACAGAAUCGAAGAUCUCUGCUGCACCUAAUCCAGCAGGUUCAUUUUUCAGUCAGGGGUAGUGUGACUGAUAGCCAUUCCGGUCAGGCUAUUACUAAUGCUACCAUCGAGGUUCACGGCUCAAGGCAUCGUGUUCAUACCAGCAGGACAGGAGAGUACUGGAGACCUCUGUCUCCUGGGACGUACCAGCUCCAUGCCUCUGCUCCAGGAUAUUUCCCGCUCUCAGCGCCGGUCACGGUGACUGAAUUUCAGGGGGAGCAGGUGGAUUUUGUGCUGACUCGAGAUCUGCAACCCAAACCUCAAAAUCUGUCAGAGGAUGAAGAGUUUUUGAGGUUGGUGGAGAACCUGUCUUCUUCUAAUGGCCUUAAACAACUUGUCCAGAACUAUCCUACAGCCCGAACACUGCAGUACAGGAAGCACACGGAACGUUCGGAAUUCCUGCGUGGGCUUCACCUCAACUUUCCUCAGAUUACUCGUUUAUACAGUCUGGGAAACAGCUGGAAAUUCCGGCCCAUUUGGGCUCUGGAGAUCUCUGCUAGUCCUGAGUCAACACAGUACGUGACCCCUAAAAUCCGGUACGUCGCAGGUGUGCAUGGAAACGCUGCAGCAGGCCCGGAGCUGCUGAUCGAGUUUGCAUCUGUUCUGUGUAUGAACUAUGGUGGGAACCCAGCAAUCACAAAUCUGAUUGACAGGAGCCGGAUUGUGAUCGUACCGUGUGUGAAUCCGGAUGGCAGAGAGCUGGCUCGGGAAGGCUCUUGUUUCUCAAUGGAAGGACUCUGCAAUGCUCAUGGUGUAGAUCUGGACACAGAUUUCAUGUCUGGCAACACGUCUGCACAGCCUGAAACACGUGCGAUGGCGGAUCUGAUCGAGGGAGGACGCUUUUCUCUCUCUGUCGCACUCGACGGAGGCUCUCUGUUGACUACGUACCCCUAUGACCGAACCGGUGAAGCAGCACACAGUGAAGAAACGUUGAGAUAUUUGGCCUCGGUCUAUGCAAGCACUCACCCCAUCAUGCACUUGGGGUACCCUGGAUGCAGAAACGGACUGGAUUCGGUCCAAGGAGGAGUUCUGAGAGGUGCAGCGUUCAGAAGUCACCUGGGCAGUAUGAAGGAUUUUAGUGUGGAUGUGGGAUUGUGUCCUGAGAUCACGGUGUACACCGGUUGCUGUCUGUACCCUCCUGCUCAGCAGCUGCUUCCUCUCUGGGCCGAGCACAGGACGGCUCUUUUCGCCAUGCUGCUGGAGAUUCAUAAGGGCCUGAGCGGUUUGGUGAAGGACGAGGACGGCUGGCCGGUGGCUGACGCGGCGAUCAAGCUAAACGGGUCUGUGUUUACACGUACGGACGCGCAAGGCUUCUUCCACACUCUCCUGGCUCCUGGAACUCAACAGCUGCAGGUUCAAGCUCCAGGUUUUCACGAAGAGCUCAUGCAGGUAAAUGUUUCAUCACAUCAAAGGACAGUUCCUAUUACAAUCAAGAUGAAGUUCUGGAAAAAAAGUGGGCACCAAGGACAGGGAUUAGCGCUGGCUGCUGCGAUCACCAUCAUUGCUAUCCUCCUUUGCUUGCUCCUGAUGUGGCACAUCCGCUCAGUCAAGUUCAGCCGAAUUAGAGACUUUGUUAGACGGCUCCGUCAUCUGCAAGAGGAUGCCCAAACCGGGGCUUCAGCAUCAGAGAAGUUGCCUCUACAGAGCAUGUUUUUGGAGGACACUAGUGAGAGUGAGGAUGAUGCUUUUUACCUCGAGCGACACUGAUGGAAUAAAUGUUUUUGAUGUCACGA